AUGAAUUUUCAUCAAACGAAUUUUAGAUGUGAGCCUAAUGAGGAAGAAGCGACAUCAAUGGCCAAUUCAGCUGGAGCCAAGUCUAAGUGCAAGCACUUUUUGACGCGACGCGAACGCAUUCUGCUGGAACAGAGUUGGAGGAAGACUCGAAAAACUGGAGCUGACCACAUCGGUUCCAAGAUUUUCUUCAUGGUUCUCACCGCACAACCAGACAUUAAAGCAAUCUUUGGGCUUGAGAAAAUCCCUACCGGACGCCUGAAAUAUGAUCCAAGAUUCCGUCAGCACGCACUUGUGUACACCAAAACUUUGGACUUUGUCAUUCGCAACUUGGAUUAUCCGGGAAAGCUUGAAGUUUACUUUGAGAAUCUCGGAAAGCGACACGUGGCAAUGCAAGGGAGAGGUUUCGAGCCUGGAUAUUGGGAGACCUUCGCUGAGUGUAUGACACAGGCUGCAGUGGAAUGGGAGGCAAAUCGUCAACGUCCAACUCUUGGAGCUUGGAGAAAUUUGGUGAUUUCCUGCAUCAUCUCUUUCAUGCGACGAGGAUUCGAUGAGGAAAAUGGAAAGAAGAAGCUGUACAGCUACAAUGGACAGGGAUUUAGCUCGAAUCGGGCUCGUCGUUCCGUCUCUCCAUACGCUCCCAGUGUUCACUAA